AUGUCCCGCGAGACCGCCACAUUCGAGAGCGUCGACGAGGCCAAGGACGCCGGCAAGAAGAGCCUCUUCUCCCGAGAUAGGCUUUCCUGGCUCGAGGAACGCAUGCCCGCGUAUAUCGCGCAUCGCGAAGACCAAAGGCAAAACCUGAUGGAGCAAUAUCACACCAUGACGCAGCAAGUCCUCCAGCAGCUCGACGAGACGGGCGAGGAGACUGUCGCCGAGGCAUCGCCUGCGGCCCUCGAGGCUGGCGAAGGAGAGACGCCCGCUGCGACUGCCGAGCAAGACGGAGUUGCAGGUACUCAAGCCGAGGCGCAGACAGUUGAGGCGGCGCAGGAGUAG